UCUCUCUCUCCAUCUCUCUCUCUAGCUCUACAACACUUAAAGCCAUUGCUUUUAUUUACAGGUUGAGGUUUUCUCCCUCUCUCUCUUUAUUGUGUGUGUGUGUGACAGUGAAGAGUGUAGCAGAGCUAAAUAACAGAGGCAGAGGAGGGGGUUGAAGUUUGAACAGCCACCCAAUUUCAAUAGUAAACAAGCUUUGAAUGGGAGGCAGUGUAUACCAAAAGUAGCACAAAAUCUGAAUUGGUUGCAGUCUUGGGAGGGCUUCCCUUUAUGAUUCUUGGUACUAUGCAGCUCUCACAAAGUUUCAGUCUUUCACUUUGGAAAUGGUAGCUUCUGCUUAGUUUGUGUGAUAUUUCGUACUCUUUCUACUGCUACAUGGUUCUUCUCUCACUGUUUUUGGGUUUCUUCUGCUCAUUAAAUUAAAGGGGGAUCAGCUCCACUGCUCAUCUCCAAUUUUGGUGUUUAAAGUUUCAAUCUUUCUGGAAUUGGGGUUGAAUUUGAUUGUAAAGUUUCCAUCUUUGGGGUAAGGUAGUUUAAGUUGUACGUUAUCUGUGUUAAAUUCUACUUCACUAGUUUGUGAUCCCUAUUUGUUCAUAUUGAGCUACUAGGGUGCGAUAGGGGGUGUUCUAGUUUUGGUGUUCUUGAGGGGAAGUGAUGGAUAUGAGUGAGAAAAAUAAGUUUGAAUUGGAGAAUAGGAAUGAGGAUCCCAUGAGUUAUUCACCCUCUAUGACUUAUGGGUUUGGUGGUUCCAAUCUCACAAAUGCAUCUAUGGGUUUGGUUCCUAGUGGGAAUUCUAUGUCAGAUGGUAAAGGGGAUCUGAUUGGUUCUCCUUCACAACCCCCUGCUGCAAUGGUGGAGUCAUUUAGCCAAGCACCUUGGGACCAACAAGCCAAUUCACAAAGCUUGGGGUUUUGUGACAUGAAUGGUCAGACUAGUGCAAGCACUUCAAACACAAUGGGAAUUAGCAAAGGGAUUCCUGCUUCUUUGAGAAGUGGAAUUGAUAGACCUCAUGAUAUGUGUUGGAACCCCCCAAAUUCGAUGAUGAAAGGGGGAAUUUUCAUACCCAAUGGACCGGCAGGGAUGCUGCCUCAGAGCUUGUCUCAGUUUCCAGCUGAUUCUGGCUUCAUUGAGCGUGCUGCGAGGUUUUCGUGCUUCAGUGGUGGGAGUGUUGGUGAUUUGAUGAACCCUUUUGAUACGAGUCUUUAUUCGAAGGGGGGAAUGAUGCACUGGGCACAGGAGGUUGUGGCAGGCCAGGGGCCUAGAGCAAUGUCAAGCAAUGAGCUCAAUCAAGUUGGUGAUACUUCAAAUGAGGUUUCUUUACCUAAUGAUCAUGGGACACCUGAACUUAAUAAGAAUGAGAAGAAAAGUGAGAGUCUUGUGAAGUCUCCUGAUGAAGCAAAGAAUGCAAUGGAUGGGUCUGGUAACGAGUCUGAGGAAGCGGAACUCAGUGGUGGUGCAGAGGAGCUGUCUAUGAUGGACGGUGCAGGUGUAGGACCUUCUUCUAAGGGCUCUAAGAAAAGGAAGAGGGGUGGACAGGCUAAAGAACUUGAGCAAACCAAAACAGCUGCACAGCAACCAGGUGAAUUGACGAAGGAUGAUACUGAAAUGGUACAGAAGGGAGCUACAACUACCAACAAAACUACUGGAAAAAUUGUCAAACAAGGGUCCCAGACGUCUGAUCCACCUAAAGAAGAAUAUAUUCAUGUUAGAGCUCGAAGAGGCCAAGCAACAAAUAGUCAUAGUCUUGCAGAAAGAGUCAGAAGGGAGAAGAUUAGUGAGAGGAUGAAGUUUCUUCAAGACCUUGUACCUGGAUGCAGCAAGGUAACCGGGAAGGCAGUGAUGCUGGACGAAAUCAUUAACUAUGUACAGUCCUUGCAACAGCAGGUCGAGUUUUUGUCUAUGAAACUUGCAACAGUGAAUCCACGAUUGGAUUUAAACAUCGAAAGCCUUUUAGAAAAAGAUAUGCUUCAGUCACGAGUUGGAGCUUCAUCUUCACUGGGGUUUUCUCCAGAUAUGCAUAUUGCCUAUCCCCCACUUCAUCCAUCUCAGUCAGGACUUAUUCAAGCAGGCCUUCCUGGGAUGGGGAGCUCUACUGAUCUACUUCGGAGGGCCAUGGGUUCUCAAACGGCACCUGUGGUUGGAGGAUUCAAGGAGCCUUCCCAGGUACCAAAUGUGUGGGAAGAUGAGCUCCAGAAUGUUUUCCAAAUGAGCUAUGGAACCGGAACUCCCUCAACUAGCCAAGGCGUAGAUGGUUCUGGUACCCCAGGCCAUAUGAAAGUUGAACUCUGAGUUUACAGUUCCUGUUUGACACGAACACUCAUACGGUCGUAUAUGCACAUUACUACCUUUUGAUGAAAUAACCAUCAUCACAUUAUUUUCUUCGUAUCACCAAGAAAGGUUUAAGAUACCCUCUCAACAUUUACCGCAGGCUAGAACCGGUUAGAUAUAAUGCCUAACUUGGAGAAUUCUGACAAAUGCAUGUAAUACAGAAGCAGAAGACAUGCUGAACAAUGCUUCAUACGCAGAGAGGUGAAAUUUUGUUGAUCAACGGACUGGCUUUGUUGCUCCCUAAUUUAACUGACUUUUGUGGAUCAAUGAUGUAUAGAGAUUGAGAGAUUAAUGAGGUAGCAGAGAUAGGGUCCUUGUUUCUUGGGGAUAUUAAUCUUGGUGAUGCUUUUGUUCAUUCUAGAAUAUAGAGUAAGAAGCUAUUUGAGUUGAUCAAUUCUGUAUCACCAAAUGUAAUGUAAUCUUCCCUUCUGGGUAUGCUUUUGGGUCUUCAUCUCUGAUCAAAGUGCGGCUGUACAUCUC